CGCUCAGCGUCACUUCGGGGGCAGAGAUCUCAGUCCAUAAAGGAUGGAGGCCCUUCAGUCUCUCGCUAACAAGUGCAUGGGCUGCAGUCUCGCACAGAUACUAAGCUCCGGCUCCAUACUGCUUGCUACCUGGUUCGCCGUCCGCCUCGCUUACAGGUACACGCUUGCCCGGAGAGAACGCCCGGUUGAUUUCUCGGUGCCCAUUCCACCCGAACUAUCUCCCAGCUGGCAAGGCAAAACAUGGAGUGAAGUUGGAGACGCGGACAGGGAAAUUCUUGAGGCACAGUCUUUCGGGUUCGGUCCAUCUAAGAUCCUCAGCUACUGCCCCGCUGAUGGGCGACUCCUUGGCGACGAAAACGGGGUGAAACCAGCCUCACCAGAGAAAAUUGACCUUGCGGUUCGACGCGCCGUUGUUGCCCAGCUGAAAUGGAAACGGACAACUUUCGCCGAGAGGAGAAGAGUGUUGAGGACAUUGCUAACAUACAUCCUCGCACAUCAAGAUGAGAUUGUCACCGCCUGCUGUUUAGAUUCUGGGAAAACAAAGGUGGAUGCCUGUUUUGGAGAAAUCCUUGUCACUGCCGAAAAACUGAAAUGGACUAUUGAUCAUGGAGAGGAGUCUCUUCGCACCGACUCCCGGCCUACAAACUUGCUGAUGAUGUACAAGAAGAAUACGGUUCGAUAUGAACCCCUGGGAGUUAUCGCAGGCUGUGUCUCUUGGAAUUAUCCCUUCCACAACUUCAUCUCUCCCGUCAUCAGUGCGAUUUUUGCCGGGAAUUCAAUCAUCGUGAAGCCUUCGGAACAUACAGCGUGGUCAUCCAUGUUCUUCUACAACAUUAUUCGCGAGGCGAUUGUGAGCUGCGGCCAUUCGGAAUAUCUAGUUCAAGCCUUGAUGUGUCUACCCCGACAUGCCGACGUGUUGACAUCUCAUCCGAAAGUCAAUCAUAUCAUUUUCAUUGGGUCCCGUCCCGUGGCACAUGAGGUGUGCAAAUCAGCAGCCAAGUCUCUUACCCCUGUGACUGUUGAGCUCGGAGGAAAGGAUCCAGUGAUUGUGCUCGACGAUGACUCCACGCUAAAGGACAUAUCGAGCGUCACAUCAAUCCUUAUGCGAGGUGUUUUUCAGUCGGCGGGCCAAAAUUGCGUCGGCGCGGAGCGGAUCAUUGCUCUUCCUCGUGCCUACAAUAAAAUACUCGAGACCGUCACGCCUCGAAUAAAAGCACUCCGCCUUGGUUCUGUGCUUCUGGAAUCUAGGGAGGACAAGAGUGACGCCAGUCACAAACCCCACACUCCCGAUGUUGGAGCUGUUAUUUCUCAAAGAUCCUUCGACCUUCUUGAGGCCCUAAUUUCGGAGGCUGUUGGCCAAGGAGCUAAACUCAUCUGUGGUGGGAAACGAUAUAACCACCCCAAGUAUCCCCACGGCCAUUACUUCACCCCGACUCUCCUUGCGAACGUUGCGCGAGAGAUGAGAAUUGCGCAAAUGGAACUGUUUGCGCCCGUGUUCCUUCUCAUGCGGGCUACCGAUGUAUCAGAUGCCGUGAGCAUUGCUAAUUCUACGGAAUAUGCCCUUGGAGCGAGUGUUUUUGGACACAACAAACGGGAUGUGGAAUACUGUAUCUCCAAUCUCCAUGCGGGUAUGGUGGCAGUGAAUGAUUUUGCUGUUUAUUAUGCCGUUGGACUGCCAUUCGGUGGGCUGAAAGGCAGCGGAUACGGCCGUUUUGGCGGUGCAGAAGGGCUGAGAAACCUGAGCAAUCUCAAAGCCGUAUGUGUCGAUGGAUGGCCCCUGAUCCAGACAAAGAUACCUCCGACUUUGGAUUACCCGAUUCAAAAGGGCGAAGGCAUUGGAAAGGAUGGCCGAGGUGCAUGGGAGAUGUGUAAAGGGGUCGUGGAAACGGGGUAUCAUCCCUCGCUCGGUGGUAAAGCCAGGGGCAUACAAAAGAUUCUCAAAAAUAUUUGAGGCUUUAUUUUGAAAUCAACUACAAAGACUUUUUACUUCUCCACUUUUGAAGAGUUUAUUUUUGGGACAGAAGCGCCCCUAUCUCUAAUAGCAGAGGUCAUACUACUUUAGGCACAAAGAAUUGGACAUCGCUCAAAUAUAUACUUCAGAGGAGAAUCACCGGAAACAAGAAGACCGGAUUGGGUAUCGCGUGGCUAAUUCGCUUCUAUCAUCGACAUCAUAUACCGCACAUAUGUCCAGAGCGAGUGUUCCUCCUAUUUAGAAUAUGGGAUGCGUUUUUGGAAUUAUUUAAAGCACCCGCUCUGAGUGAGGCGUGUAUUUAGACAGUGCGCAUAGGUCUCCGGCCCCAGCGGUGCCGACGCCCAACUCCGCCGGUUGAGCGUGUCCGCCGUCUCGAGUACCAGCCGCAGGUUAAGCAGGAGAUGAUGGCGCUGAAUAUCGACACGACACCGCCGAUGAUUGCGGUGAGGAUGGAUCCGAUGCCUUGGACAAUGGUCAUGAGGCAGUCACCAAUGGCGUGAAACUGUAAGGUUAAAGAUUAGCUGCAAAUCAUGCAGGUCGAAUUUUGGGGCCCGGGGGAAGCCGUACGAUUGAUACUAUUGCACCCAUGGUUGGCUUGUGGGAAGGUGUUUUUUUAGGCUUCUAUCUCGGGGUUCUCUUGAACACUAAUUUAUUGGCGGGAAGGUUCCUUAAUGGUAUUGAUCACUUGCUGUUGGACAGAAAAAAGGUAAAAGAAAUUUUCCAUCUCGUUCGAACCUGUCAUGAAUAUAUAGUCUUUUUCGGGCAGAUAUCUACUCGCUACCUAUCGGC